UAUAUAUAUAUAUAUCAUUCUCCGUUCAAGUUUCCCCCUAUUGUAAUAAUUAACUAACGCAGUGUAUUUAUUUCGGUGCGCGAUUAGGUUUUCAUUGUUUUGAAUUUUGAAUUUUGAAUUUGAUUUUGAUGAACAAGUGUUUUCGAUCCGUUUGUAGAUUCAGUUACUUGGAGCUCAGGUAAUAUCAUGGGAGAACGAACGCCAAGAAGAGUUGCUUUUUCUCACUGGAGAGGUACUUCAAUUUCUCUGAUUUUAAUUACCAGUGGUUUAAUUUAAUUUAAUUUAAUUUUCUGUGAAAUAUAUUAACUAUUUAAUUUGCCGAAAAAAUUAUGUUAUUAAUUAGUGUGAGAUGAUGGAUCUUGUAUAUUCCUUAAUCAUCUGGUUUUUUAUUUUUGUAUAUUGAUGUAAUGUAGCAGUACUGUCAUAAAUAAUAAUUACAAAUAACAAAUUUUUAAUUUUCAGACCGAUUACAGACUUCAACAUCCGGUUCGUGGAGGCAUCCCAAUUUGCUUCCCAACGGUUUGCUUCGUUUAUUCGUUUUGACUUCCAUUUGCCUAACUGCGUUUAUUCGUUUCGGCUUCCAUUUGCCUAACUGCGUUUAUUCGUUUCGACUUUCAUUUGCCUAACUGCAUUUAUUCGUUUGUACUUCCAUUUGCCUAACUGCGUUUAUUCGUUCCGACUUCCAUUUGCCUAACUGCGUUUAUUCAGUCUCGUAUUGAUUAAUUAGAAGAAACUAAAUUUGAUUGUAUAAUAUAAUUAAUCGUGAUCAGUUUUACGACAAUUAUGACGUGGAUGACUACGGAUUUGCUCGAACCAGAAUGUGGAGAACCGAGGAUUUGAUGGAUGAUGCGGCCUUUCCCGCUCCACCCCGUGAUCAUGCAUUUGUUGAUUUCAUUCUCGAUAAUAUGCCCGACAACUUCCCGGACUGGCCUAACCAUAGGUUUGAGCUCCGUUUACGUGUAAUCCUGGGACCCACCGGAGAUCUGACUAUGAUAUCUCGUGUAAAAAACGUCAAUACUGAUGGGAAUCCUUUCACAUUCAAAUUUGCCUAUCACACCUACUUCUCUGUUUCAGAUAUCAUGGCAACUCAGGUUGAAGGAUUGGAGACGGUGGAUUAUGUGGACUAUCUGAAUGAUCACGAGCGAUUUACUGAAGGGCCUAAUCCAAUCACUUUCGAAAAUGAAGUCGACAAGGUAUACCUGAACACUCCCGAUGUGAUAACUGUUAGGGACCGUGAGCGUAGAAGAACUUAUACCAUUCACAAAGAUGCCAAUCUUCCUGAAAUUGGUAAGGAUUUUUUCAAUUAUAUACAUACUUUAUUAUGUCGUAUUUACAUAUGCAACGAGUUAUUUAAUAAAACGUGCGUUGAUAAAUCUGUUUUCUUUUUAUUUUCUCUAGUUGUGUGGAAUCCAUGGGACCUUGAGGCAAGGCGUAUGUCUGAUUUCGGAGACAUAGAGUAUAGGGAGAUGGUUUGUGUUGAAGCAGCUGCUGUGGAGAGUGAAAUUACGUUGAAUCCCGAUCAAGAGUGGACCGGGACCCAACGACUUUCCGUCGAGCAAUUCUGAUUUGAUUUGUUACUUUUGCUAAUUCAGUUGAUAAACCUUCUUUUGCCAUAAUGCAUAAUACAUACAUUCAUGUAAUACUCUGUUCCCCCAUAUUAUAGUACUACUUCUGGUUGACAAUAUUCUUCUUGCAUUCAAGUAUAAGACCUAAUAUCCAGCUUUUGAUCAAUAUGUGAUUUGAUAUGAUUUUCCUAUUUGAUUUGUUUCUGAUUCUGCAGUGUUUUUACAUUUAAAGAUAUUAAGUAAUUCUUUUGUAUGAUAGAGUCAUAUUUAUAUUUAGGCUUAACUCCACUUUGCACCUUUUGAAAUGUAGCCUUUUGGCACUUUACACUAUUUGAAAAACAAUAAUAA